GAAUAACCCUUUUGACAAACCACAAAAGUGAAACACAGCAUUUUGUUGAGAGGGUAAAAAAGAGCCCGCCUGUGGGUGGAUAACCACUACCAUCUGCUAUCACAGGGACCCGGAUGUCAACCUAGCUCAGUCGUUCACGAGUUCAAACUUUGAAGAGCAGGAAUGUGUGAGGACGUCCCACACGAGACUUAGCUGAUUAGCUUUACUGUUUUGGGCCCACAACUUUGUGUAUAUACAUACGGUAGGAUGGCCAAAGGGAGACCAUGAUAUUCAGUGUACUCAAUAAGAUAUGUGCAUAAACUAGCGAUCCAGUCCGACCUGAUAACACUGUCAACAGACUGAUCAGAAUGGACUGAUUGUCUCGGCCUAUUUGUAUCCGUCUAUGCUAAGAAGGCUAUGGCGAGCUUUUUCCGAAAGGCCCUGGCCCGUUUCCAGGCGUUCGCCGCUGAAGAGACCACAUCAGAAGAAGAAUCAGAUGAUGAAGACGUUUUCGAGGAUGUCGAUGAGGAUUACGACCACACACUGGGCUCGUCUUUACCGUCGACCUCACCCCCAGAUGUGAGCGGGACCAGUGUGGACGGAGAUCCCGGAGGUUCAAGCGCCGGUGCUCGACCGAAAGCCAAUGUCAGUUUUGGGCCCGACACCUCCGCCAUCGAGGCUGCCCCGGCGGCUGCUAAGAAAGGCGGUGUUGCCAAACGGCCGUACAGUAGGACUCAUUCUUGGAAGAGCAGAAUAACCCAAACUCUGUCCCAUGUGGAUUUUGACAAAUGCGAACCGGAGAUUUGUGUGGGACUUCUGAAACUGCCGUCUAUGUCAACGUACUCGGCACUCAAGAAGAAAAUGAAGAGUGCUGAUGGGACAUGGGUUGAGGGCUUUCUGGAGGCGGGUGGAUUGAACGCCCUUUUGGAGUAUGUAGACAUGAUCGGGAGUAAAAGGGUAAACCAGCUAUCGGAGGCUUUGCUUCUACUGGAAUGCGUAGCGUGUAUCAAGUGUGUUCUGAACACCAAACUGGGCGUGGAUUAUCUGGUGAACCAUGAGGACUACACCACCAAGCUGGUCAAAGCUCUGGACACUAACAAUGUGAUGGUGAAAAAGCAAGUGAUAGAGCUGCUCUCGGCGCUCUGCCUGUACUCGCCGGAUGGUUACAGACUCGCUGUGGAGGCCCUAGAGAGCUUCAAGGCAGCCAAAAAACAACGGUACCGCUUUAGCCUGAUCAUGAACGAGUUGAAAGGUGCGGACAUUGUACCAUAUAAAACCACGCUCCUAGCCUUCAUCAACUGUAUCAUAGUGGCGACUGAGAACCUAGAGGAACGCAUGAGGAUUCGAAAUGAGUUUGUUGGCCUGGAUUUGCUGGAUCUGAUCGUGGACAUGCGCAAUGAAGACGAUGAUGAUUUGAAUAUUCAGUGUGACGUGUUUGAGGAAGAGAAGCAGUGUGAUGACGACACGUUCGCCAGCACGCACUCAAGCGGCAUUGACAUAACAAAUCAUCAAGAUGUGUUUAAUGCUAUCUUCCAGAAGGUAUACAACACCCCUCAAGCAGACGCCUUCCUUACAAUCCUUCAGACAUUACUCAACAUCGAUCCGGAGGAUGACUUAAGUGUUAGUCAGUGGGACCUGCUCCAGGAAGUGUCACGACGUACUUUACUACUGGAUAAAGAGACUCCCCCGGACAAACUGCUGGCCCGCAUGGCAGCUCCCACCAUUACUGUGCCACAUCCGUCAGUUGAGAGAUCCGUGCAAACCGAUGUAAAUACAAAGGCCGUGGUGUGGAAUAAAAGCCCCCAGGCGGGACUGGUGAACGGUCGGUCAGACUCUGGGUAUACGAGUGACGGUAGCCCGGACCACCAUAUCUCCAGCCAGAACCAGUUGAUGGAUAUGAGACAAACAAAUGGGGUUCUCAGUCACAAGGAGCAUGUAGAGGCCGUUGUCCAGUCACAGACAAGCACACUGAAUUCAGCUGAACCUUUCAAACCAAAGACCAGUGAAAAAUCAGACACUGACGUUGGUGCCGUCGUGAACGGUAUAUCACCAGCGAUACCGCCGCCCCCACCUCUCCCCAAUUCUGUGAAUGAUAGUCACACUAUUUCUGACAUUCCGUCGCCACCAGAAGCUCCAUCACUGCCUGGUGUACCGCCACCUCCUCCGGCACCACCUCUUCGGGAUGCUCCGGGCAUCCCACCCCCGCCUCCUCCUGCACCACCUCUUCCGGGCGCUCCGGGCAUCCCACCAGCUCCACCACUCCCUGGUGCUCUUGGCAUACCACCGCCGCCACCAAUACCCGGCAUGAACGGAUUUGAAGGUGCACCGCCUCCUCCGCCCCCACCGCCACUACCCGGCAUGUCAGGUGUGCCCCCACCACCUCCAAUCCCUGGCACUGGCCCACCACCGCCGCCACCACCUCCACCAAUUCCAGGCGGAGGCCCACCUCCGCCACCACCGGUACCGGGAGCCCCAGGCGCUCCCCCUCCGCCACCUGUCCCAGGGUACAGACCAGCAAAUCUCACAUUCCAGUCACCUACCAGAAUCGCUGGCAUCUCCACACCGACUCCAUCCACCAAGCUGAGGACAUUUAACUGGACCAAGGUUCCCCCACAAGCUCUGUCCCGUGGUGAUCACAGCGUAUGGCAAGAAGUUCUUAUUAUGGAUGAUAAAGUACAGGUUAAGUACGACACCAUUGAGAAACUCUUCAGUCAACAGAAGGUAGAAAAGGCCGUUCAACAGGAGAAAGCAAAAAAGAAGGAACCAACCGAGGUGACCCUGCUAGACAUGAAGAGAAGCAUGGGGGUGAACAUUUUCCUGAGGCAGUUUAAAAUGUCUCAUAAAGAAAUCGUAGAAAUGAUCAAAGAAGGAGAUGAGCAGAAGAUUGGACCGGAAAGACUGAAGGGUUUACAAAAGCUGCUGCCCCAGGCUGAUGAGAUCGAGAUGAUAAAUAAUUAUGAGGGAGACAAAGAACGAUUAGGAAGUGCCGAAAAGUUUUUCUACCACCUGUCCAAGUUGAAUGGCUACAGAAUGCGGGUGGAUGGGAUGGUGCUAAAGGACGAGUUCCGGUCCACUAUGGACGUCCUCAAACCUGACGUACAGACAGUCAUCAAGGCCUGCGAGCAAUUAAUGGAAAGUGCUUCUCUAAAAGAGUUCCUUCGAUUUGUGCUCCACACCGGCAACUUUCUCAACGCUGGCGGGUAUGCCGGUAAUGCCGUGGGCUUUAAAAUCAGUUCCCUGAACAAGCUGAUGGACACACGGGCAAACAAGCCUCGAGUUACUCUGCUACACUUCCUAGUCUCUGAGGCCGAGAAGGAAAACAAAGAGGUGAUCAACUUUGCGGAGGAAUUGUUACCCGUCAUUACUCCAGCCGCCAGGUUAACAGUGGACGGUUUGUCAUCCGACAUGAAUCAGCUCAAUAACUCUGUCAAAAAGUUGGAGUCCCAGAUAGAGAAUCAAAAUAGUGACAUCAAAGACCAGUUCAGUCAGUUUCUUCAGGGUGGUAUUGUAGAGUUGGAAGAGGUGCAAAAAGGGCUGAACAACAUUCGGGAAUUGUCAAAAAAACUUGCCCAACAUUUCUGCGAAAAUGAAAACAGUUUUAAAGUUGAGGAAUGUUUAGUCAACUUCAAAGUUUUCUGCGAAAAACUACAGCAGUGUAAAAAGGAAAACGACCAGCGAAGAAUACAGGAGGAAAAAGCUGAAAAGAGGAAAAAAGAGAGAGAAGCUCUGGUGAAAGCUAACAAAGGUAAGCCGAUCCAAGCCCCAGUGGAGGAAGACGGUUGUAUCAUUGACAAGCUCCUCGGGGAUAUUCGAAAAGGAACCAAGCUGCGGAAACGCGCUCCGCCUGUGACUCCCGUACCGGUGAAACCGGAAGCUGUCGCCACGGAAUCGACGUGUUAACAUAAACAUACUUUGAUAUUUUCAAUGAACACAAAAGAAGCGACUUAUAUUUAUUAUUUUAUUAGUCUGCAAGAAUGGUUUAUUUACAGUACGCUGAUGACCAGGAGUGCUGAGGAAUACUCCUGCUGGUUAACACACGUGUCUCUCAUGUUACAUAGGGACGUGCACAAAGAACACGCGUUUGCAGCAGAAUUUUCGUUCUUCCGAUACCAGGCAUGCGUUUAUAUAGACCUGUAAAAUAUCUCAGACAUCAACCAUUUCCUCUUUGCUUUAUGUGUAUUCUGUCUUUGUGUUCUUCCUGCAAGCAUGGUGUUUUAUGUUGUCAUAUUGGCGUUGAUAUUUUUUUAGUAUCAUUCGUAAUCAGACUAGUCAAUAUGAUUUUGUUGAAAGUUGAAAGACAACGGGCUUUUUAGCGGACUGGAGUUUGGCGAAAGAUGUUUGGUUAUAUGGAUGGAUGGAAUUUUUUUUUACAGGGAAUUUAUUUGUGUGAAACGACUAUUUAAGUGAUAAUUACUACUGGUUGGUCGUGGCAUGUGUAAAAUAUCGUUUACAGAUAGGUCAAACAAAUGUGAUUGUGAUCAAACUUGAGAUGUUGCUUAAAGCUGGCCGAUUAAGUCGGACUCAGGUAUCAUAGUGCUGGAUGAAAUGGACGUGUGUAUUUGAAAAUUCUCCCGUCUGUCUUACGUAGGGGACACGUUGUGAGUCCAAGGAUUUCCCGAUGUGUCCAAAAACAUUGAGAUUUUGUUGUUUUUAGAUUAUGUUUAUAAAGAGACAGGUGCAUAUUAAAGUUUACGGUGCUCUAAGCACACGAUGUUA